AUGCCUAACUCUGCAAAUUCGGAAGAGAACCAAUUGAACGUCCAAGGGUACAACAUUGUCACCAUUCUCAAGCGUUUGGAGGCUGCCACCUCCCGUUUGGAGGACAUAACAAUCUUCCAGGAGGAAACAAACCAGUCUUCCGGCCCUAAACCUUCAGGUGCCACUUCCAAGUCGGUUGCUCCAAGCGGCGCUACUCCUGCUGGCCCUCCUGCUGCCAAAUCUGCUGCUCCUGCGGUUUCUGCAGCCCCUGCUCCGCCAACUCUUGCCGAAAAGGCCAAAUUUGUUAAGGAAUUUGAUUUGUUCAUCAAGGACACCAUUGAUCUCUUCGUUUUGUCAUCGAAGGAGGUCGAUCCUGUUGUGGGAGAGGCUGCUGCCACUUUGAAGGCCGCAUUUGAGGAGCAGGCAAAAUUCUUGGACCUCGUGUCGUCCACCAAGAAACCAGCAGUGUCAGAUCCUCAGUUUAUGGAAUUGUUGGCGCCUAUCAAUGCCAAGAUUGAGAAGAUCUCUGCCCUCAAAGAUGCCAAUCGCCGCUCUAACUUCUUCAACCAUUUGAACACCAUCAGCGAGGGUGCGCCUGUGCUUGGCUGGAUUGUCACCGACACUCCGGUUUCGUAUGUGCCAGAAUUCAAGGACAGCGCCCAGUUCUGGUCUAACAGAGUUAUGAAGGAGUUUAAGGACAAGGACCCCAAGCAAGUGGAGUGGGUCAAGCAGUUUUUGGCCAUUUUUGACCAAUUGCGUGCGUACGUCAAGGAGUACCAUGCCACAGGCCCAUCGUGGAACUCCAACGGUAAGCCAUUGGCCGAGUCAAUUGCUGCCCAAAAGAGCACCUCGGCACCUCCUGCUCCUGCUGCGGGCGCUGGCGCCGGCGCCUCGGCCCCUCCACCACCUCCACCACCAGCCCCCCCUGCCUCGUUUUUUGAAGAGCCAGCACAGAAGGCUGGCGGUAUGGGCGCUGUUUUUGCAGACUUAAACCAGGGUGAGAACAUCACUUCUGGACUCAAAAAGGUGGAGAAGUCGCAGAUGACCCACAAGAACCCAGAGUUGAGAGCUCACGCCCAGGUUCCAGGUAAGCCUACACCUCCCAAGAAGCCACAGACAUUGUCACUGGGAAGUAACAUUCCUAAGAGAAAGCCAGCCAGAAAGGAGUUGGUGGAUGGCAAUAAGUGGAUGAUUGAAAAUUUCACGCUGGUGGAUGCUCCCGAGCCUAUUGUUGUGAACCUUGAGAUGCUGCAGUCGGUGUUCAUUGGCAACACGAACGGUAUCACAGUGCAGAUCACUGGUAAGGGUAACGCGGUGUCCGUUUCCGAGACCAGCAAGACUGCUGUUGUGGUGGAAUCGUUGAUUUCCGGUAUCGAUGUGAUCAAAUCGCAUAAGUUUGGAAUUCAAGUGACUGGUGUAGUUCCCCUCAUCACUGUUGACAAGUCGGACGAAGGAAGUAUCUACUUGUCGCAAGAGGCCAUUGAUGCUGACUCUCAAAUUGUGAGCUCCAACACGACUGCGCUCAAUAUUAAUGUUCUCAAGGACGAGGACUAUGUUGAAUUGCCAGUUCCUGAGCAGAUGCUGCACUCAAUCAAGAACGGCAAAUUGGUCAGUACCAUUGUCGAGCACAAGGGUUAG